ACCACAUUCUCAAAAUCCCCAAAACCAGCACUAGAAAACAAUGGACAAAUCAAAAGAAGAAAAACUGAGUAAUCUAGAACAACAGUUGUAAAGAAAUGAUUACGUUCGUUACUUAUAAGAAGCGUUGCUUGGAAUUCUUACUCUAACUUUCCAACCUCAUUUUAUGUUAUGUUAUGAGUUGUUGAUUAGCAUAAAGUUUCAAAAUUUCAUGUACAAAUAUUAAUGCCCUUUUCCUUCUGCAACAUCUUGUUACUUUUUCACCUUUUCUACUUUCUUCUUCUUCCUUUUAACAACCUUUCUCUCUCUAGAAUGAACAACAACAACAUCAUCAACACUGGUUGGAUGGAAGAAAGAGAAAGUGGAAACACCACUCCUUCUUCAUCUGCUUCUACUUUUCUCCAAAACAAACAACAGUUUGCUGCUUUCAAAACCAUGCUUGAAAUCGAUGAUGAUGAAUGGUACAUGAAAGACAUGGCUUUUCCACCUAACUUGGAUACUGUUUUACUCAACAACACUGUUGAUUCUGUUUCUUCUUCUUCGUGUUCACCUUCUUCAUCUGUUUUCAAUGCACUUGAUCCUUCACUUUCGAAUCUUCAGUGUUUUCUUCCUCAGAAUCAGAAACCUGUUGAUACUCUUUCUUCUCUUCUCAACACCCCUUUUGAGAUUCCUUCUGAAUUUGGUUAUCUUGAACCUCAAGGUUCAGCAUUACCUGCUUCUUCAAAUAUGGGUAGUUUGGUUGAUUUCAAUGCUACUGAGAUGAUGAGCUUGCCCCAUUUGCCUCAAACUAGCAAUGGCUUCAUGGGGUUUCAGAACUCGGAAGAGGGUUCUGGAAAGUCGCUGUUUUUGAACAGGUCCAAGGUUUUGAAACCGCUUGAUUCUUUGCCUCCUUCUGGGACACAACCUACUUUGUUUCAGAAGAGAGCGGCAUUGAGAAAGAACAUGGGGAAGGGUGAAGUUGGGGAAGAGAGUGAUAAGAAAAGGAAGAUGAAUGGUGGAGAUGAAAUUGAAGAUUUGAGUUUUGAUGGGUCUGGUUUGAACUAUGAUUCUGAUGAUUUGGCUGAGAGUAAUGGCAAAAAUGGUGGAAAUGCUUCCAAUGGGAACAGUACUGUCACUGAUCAGAAAGGGAAGAAGAAAGGAAUGCCUGCUAAGAAUUUGAUGGCCGAGCGUCGCCGGAGGAAGAAGCUCAAUGAUAGGCUCUAUAUGCUGAGGUCUGUUGUUCCCAAGAUUAGCAAAAUGGAUAGGGCUUCAAUUCUUGGGGAUGCAAUUGAGUAUCUGAAGGAACUUCUGCAAAGGAUCAAUGACCUUCAUAAUGAGUUGGAAUCAACACCUGCUGGAUCUUCACUGACACCUGCUUCAAGCUACCAUCCGUUGACACCGACUGCAUCUUCGUUGCCGAGCCAUAUCAAAGAAGAACUGUGUCCCAGCUCACUGCCAAGCCCCAAUGGCCAACCUGCCAGGGUUGAGGUUCGGUUGCGUGAAGGAAGAGCCGUAAAUAUCCACAUGUUUUGUGCUCGCAAACCUGGUCUGUUACUCUCAACCAUGAGGGCUUUGGAUAGCCUUGGAUUAGACAUUCAGCAAGCUGUUAUAAGCUGUUUCAAUGGAUUUGCUAUGGACAUCUUCAAAGCUGAGCAAUGCAAAGAAGAUCAAGAUGUUCAUCCGGAGCAAAUCAAAGCAGUACUGUUGGAUUCAGCUGGUUUUAAUGGCAUGAUCUAAUUAGUUUAGGGCAGCAAGCAAACUAGUAAUUUCCAUUUCAGUUUAUGAGUUUUUACAUUUUAAUAUGAUCACAGUUCAAGUGUGUGAUACUGGCUCUGAUGGAUUCAGUUUAAGUUGAAUAACUUGGAUUACAAGUAAUUUUCAUAUGAAUGGAUUUUAUUUGGCACCUUCUAGAAGUUUCUAUUGUGAUUGU